GAAGUCUUGGUUUGUAGUCCGCAGGAAAAUCCCUGAAGGAGGAAGAAACGUCGUUGUCAUCCUCCUCCGAGCCGAGCCUUCAUCAUUAUCAUCAUCUUCACCUUCAUCAUUGCCAGUGUUUCUGCUGAGUCAUGGCCGGAGCUCUGAGGAUGACUGAACCUCCGUUCCUCAACGUCUACGACAAUGAUCUGCAGUUGAAUUUGAAUCCGUACGACUACAUUCCUCCAGUGGACAUAAAGAUUGAGCCCUACAUACCAGAGACAGCUCAUGGUCCAUAUAUUCAGAUCAUCGAGGAGCCCAAACAGAGGGGAUUUCGUUUCCGUUACGAGUGUGAAGGUCCGUCACAUGGUGGCCUUCCAGGAGCCUCCAGUGAGAAGAACAGGAGAACAUACCCGACUGUAAAGAUCAAUAAUUACAUGGGUCAUGCCCGGGUAGAGGUCCAGCUGGUGACCCACUCUGACCCUCCUCGCGUCCACGCCCACAGUCUGGUUGGACGUCACUGCACCGAGAAUGGCACAUGCACACUCGACAUCGGCCCAAAUGACCUCACCGCCUCAUUUAGUAAUUUGGGGAUCCUCCAUGUGACCAAGAAAGGUGUCGUCGAGGUUCUGACCAGGAGGCUGAGAGAAGAGAGGAAAAGACAGAAAGGAGCUCACUGUCACCUGACAGAUUCAGAGGAGACGUCCAUCCAAAAGGAGGCCAAGGAGCUCGGGAAGGUGAUGGACCUGAACAUCGUCAGGCUGAAGUUCACCGCGUACCUGCAGGACAGUAACGGAGCUUUUACCAGAGCGCUGAAACCCGUUGUCUCCAACCCUAUCUACGACAGCAAGUCACCAAACGCCUCAAACCUUAAGAUCUCUCGGAUGGAUAAAACUUGUGGCUCCGUCCUCGGAGGAGACGAGAUCUUUCUGCUCUGCGACAAAGUCCAAAAAGAUGACAUUGAGAUCCGUUUCUAUGAAGAGGAUGAAGAGGGAUGCUGGGAGGCAUACGGAGACUUUUCACCCACCGACGUUCACAAACAGUAUGCCAUUGUGUUCAAAACGCCAGCCUAUCACAGCACAGAGAUCGAGCGACCCGUCACCGUCUUCCUGCAGCUGAGGAGGAAGAAGGCCGGUGACAGCAGCGACCCCAAACAGUUCACCUACAUCCCCCAGGUCCAAGACAAAGAGGAGGUGCUGAGGAAGAAGCAGAAGCCGCUGCCUCACUAUGAAAACUGGAGAGGAGGAGGAGGAGGAAGAGGUGGAGGAGCUGGAGGAUUUGGAGGAGGAGGAGCUGGGGGAGGAGGAGGAGGAUUCCAGUUCCACCAGCAGAUGAACGGAGUUGGAGGUGGAGGAACUGGAGGCUUUUAUACUGGAGGUUUCUCCAGCUUUGGUGGAGGGGGAGGGGCUCAGAUGUCAGGCUCUGCCCCUCAGGCAGGCUUUGUCCAGCAACAACUGAGCGGACAGACAGGCUCACCGCUGCAGCAGCAGCUGUUUCAGAUCGCUGCCACCCUGAACAGCAGAGCCUCUCAGAGCGCCAGACAAACCGCCGCCGCCCUGCUGCAGUACUGCAGCACUGGAGAUGCUCGGGUCCUUCUGGCCAUCCAGAGACACCUCUGUGGCAUCCAGGACAGCAACGGAGACACUCCGUUACAUCUGGCCAUCAUCCACCAGCAGACAGCUGUGAUCCAGCAGCUGAUUCACACUCUGCUCAGCAGCCAGCAGCAGAUCGUCCUCAACACGACCAACCACCUCCAACAGACUCCUCUACACCUGGCUGUCAUCACCCGGCAGGUGAAGGUGGUCGAGGUGUUGCUGAGGGCCGGUGCCGACCCCAGUCUGCCCGACAAAGAUGGUCGCAGCCCCCUCCACCUGGCAACGCUGGCUGGAGACCACAACACGCUCCGCCUCCUAUUGGCUCACCUGGGGGAACGCCACGCCCACCUGGUCAACACCCCCGACUACCACGGUCUCCACCCGCUGCACCUGUCUGUGAGGAGGGAUGGCGAGCGCUGCCUCCGUCUGCUGGUGGAGGGCGGAGCCAAAAUCAACGCCCCCGAGCAGAAGAGUGGAUACACGGCACUCCACCUGGCCGUCAGAGAAAACCUGUUCAAGAUGGCCUGCACUCUCAUCACUGAGCUGAAGGCUGAUGUCAACGCCUGCACGUUCGGAGGAAACACGCCGCUGCACCUGGCAGCCAGUCUAGGCUCGCCGACACUCUGCUCGAUGCUCAUCGCUGCAGGUGCCGAUAAAAACAUGGAGAACGAUGAGCCGCUCUUCUUCAGCUCCUCAUCGGAUGAAGAACACGACCAGGACGAACCUGCCAGAGACGAAUCCGCCUCACCGCCGAUCAACGCUCGAAAGAGACCCGCAGGAGGACACACAGCUCUGGACCUCGCCAAGUGUCAGAAGGUGAGGAACCUGUUAAACUCCAGACCAAAGUCAAGCCGUCACAGCAGCAAAAAGAUCAAACCAAGCAGCAACGAAGAGGUGGAGGCUUCGGGGCUGGACGAGGAGACUUUGUCCCGGCUGGUGGAGGUUCUGAGUGUUGGAGACGUUCCCUGGAAGAAGCUGGCAGAGAAGCUGGGCAUGAUGACGCUGACUCACCUGUACCAGGACAGUCCGAUCCCCUGCCACCACCUGCUGCAGCACUACAAGCUCGGUGGAGGUGCAAUCGAAGGUCUGGCUGAAGCUCUUCAGUCUCUCGGUCUGACAGAAGGAGUCCGACUGCUGAGAAACACUGAACUACGAGACGACAAACACAGCACAGACGCCACAGUCGACAGCGGCUUCGGCAGUCAGCCAAUGGAAGAAGAGGAGCCACCAGUGGCCAAUCAGUGACAAGCAGGAAUCCUAUAUCGGAUUCUUAAGAACUUGCAGACUGAAACAUCCAGCAGGACUGAGACUGGUUUCAUUUACAGCAGAGUUGGACUGAUGCUGUAAAUUCAGAAACAGGAACUUCAACGGUUUGCUUUUACAAAAACGUGUUUGUGGCUUUUAAAAUCUUUGAAAUUCUGAGAAUUUGAGGCAAAAAUAAAAUCAGUCGAGUUUUAAAAACUUAACAUUCCUGUUUUUACUAAAAAUACAAAUAAAGCAGAUGUAAACUGAAAAUCUCCAUGAGGUUGUAUCAUAGACAUCAAACUGUUUUCUUUGUUUUCAGUUUUUCAACCUUUUUGAACUAAUUUAUAUUUUACUUUUGUCAUUUUGUUUUUAUGAAAGAGUUUAUUUCUGUGUGAUGUUGACGGAGCGAUUAAAUCAAUAAUCUGUUCAGUGUUUGUGGGUGAAAUAAUCAAAAAAUCUGUUGUGUUUACACUCGAUGUUUGUGUGGUUUUACCUGAAGAGCUGAGCUGCUUCUUUAUAUUCUCCACUCUGGAAACUGGAUUUUUUAACUUUCGAUCUGGUCUGGAACGCAUCAGGAGGCCGUGUGACUCACCUGUCAAUGGUUUUUUAGCUUCUUAUUCAGCUGAAAUGAAAUCUAUGUAACACCAUUUGUGCUGAGGAAAAAAAUGUAUAAGAUGUUACAUGUUGUGAAUAACAAAAAUAAAAAUGACUUAUUGAAAGUAAAAUUGA